UGGAAACAUGUGGGAGUGGUUCCCUCAGCUGCUUGCUCCUGACCUCUGUGCACACCUUGCUCAGCCUUGACCUCGCCCACACUGAAGUGACAUAAAUCAGAUUUUUGACAUGUUGUAAACUGCAAGUCACUGCUGCCGAAGUCCUCACUAUUCAAAAACUUGUGAAACACUGCAUGUCUAGCAAAAUCUACUUUUUGUAUGGGAAUAUAAAUUUUUGUUGAGGUGCUGUCUUUCAACCUUAAUCCUUUCACCAAGAAUGAAACUAUUUAAAAAUUAAGAUGCCAACAGAUCACGAGGAGCCCUGUGGCCCCAGCCUCAGGUCAUUUUGCCUGAAUGGGGGGAUUUGUUAUGUGAUACCUACUAUUCCCAGCCCAUUCUGUAGGUGCAUUGAGAAUUAUACGGGAGCUCGUUGUGAAGAGGUUUUUCUCCCCAGUGCCAGCAGCCAAAGCAAAAGUAACCUGUCGGCAGCUUUCGUGGCCCUGGUGAUCCUCGUCACGCUCACCCUCGCAGCGCUCUGCUUUCUGUGCAGGAAGGGCCACCUUCAGAGGGCCAGUUCAGCCCAGUGUGAGAUCAGCCUGGUGGAGAGAACCAAUCCCAGUACCCACCACAGUCACAGAGAUCACUGAAGACACACCCAGUGAAGGGCAUUAUUUCCGUCACCUCACACAGGCAGGAAGUGAACCGUACCCCGAGAGAAGGUCACCGAGUCUCCGUCCAGCAGCCCUCCCGUUCCCAAGUUCAGCCCUCCCGUUCCCAAGUUCAGCUCUCCCUUCCCCCAUUGUUGAUCUGACAACCGCUGAUGGCUUCCCUUGACGCUUUCCCGACUCAGAUGCGGCGACCCUACACUUUAAAAAUCACUGUCACAAGGGGGAGGAGCUGAAAACAUCACAGAAUCUAGCUACCGUUUUGAAGAUGGAUUUUCUUGACUGAGUUUUCUCUUCGUUGGAUGAACCUGUUUUCUAGAGCCUGACAGUUGGCUUCUAGUUGUUGCCGUCUCUGCUAAGGAACAGCGCUGGGAGAGUCUUCAUUAUCUUUCCGCUGAUGUCUCUUUGGUCAGUGUGCUUCACUCCUGUCUCGAACUCUAGCAUCGGGAGACUGUGGACUAGGAGCAACAUCACAAGGAGGACCAGAGCUGUAAAAUACAUCAACAGGCACUGCUGAAGGAGCCCAACUCUGAUGUUCUUAAAGGACAAUAAAUACAAGUUUAGUUCUUCGACUGCGCGCAGAAUUGUGUUCAGUGACCUCUUGGCAACAGCAAAAUGAAAUGAUUUGGUACACUAGCAAUUCCUUUUCUUUUGUAUUUUUUGAGACAGGGUAUCACUUUGUAGCCUUGGCUAGCCUGGAAGUCAUCAAUGUAGAACAGGCUGGUCCUGCCUCCUCAGAGUACUGGAAUUGAAGGCAUACAAUGCCACACUGAUUCCUCAAAUUUGUUUGAAAAAACCCCAAGUAAUGAGAACCUGAAAUUUCCAUUUACCCAGGGGAGAAAAGCAAAGUGCCCCGACUUACUUCUCACAGGUCAGGGAAGACAGGUUGUCCACCUGGCCUCCAGCCAAGAUGAUAUUCAUGUUGCUGAAGGUGCUGACUACUCGCUGCAGGUAAUUGCCGGCUCCCACCUUACAGCAGUUAUAGCCAAAGACAAGGACCACUCGAAGCUCAGGGUUAUCCAGAAGACCUGCAGAGAGGAGACAGAUAAGCAUCCUUCAACCCGAUGAGCUGUUAGUUACCCCUGCUGACCGGCACCAGUGCACGCCGUGUAGCGCUGAAGCUCUUGGUUCCAGUAAUAAAAGCUAUUUGAAUGUGAUCCAGUCAACGCCUCACCCAAGCAAGGACACGGUUAUAGACUGAAGAGUAGCCCUGGUGGACCAUGUCAGGUGGCUCCACAUCCCGAUUCCAUGCAUGCCAGUGCCCGGAGUCUCUAAUGCGGUCUAAGCAGCUCUACCACGUGCAGGCAGCAGGACUCCGGGGAGCCAGCAGCAUCUCAGCCCAGAGCUCCAAGCUUUCACCUGAGUCCCUGGGAGCUGGUUUUCACAGCAUUCUUUUGAAACCGGCCAGUAUUACAAACAGGUGGCUUCUGGGACAGAAGAAAAUACAGCCCCUAACUACACCAACGUUUCUGUUUACCUCAGCCACAUGCCUUCCAUCGUGAUAGGAGGCAGGAUCACUCAGCAAGACUGAAUGAAGCAGGCCAGAUGGGAAGGGAAGGGAGCAUGGCACACCACAGUGCUCAGGCUCCGCCCAUGAUGAAUCAAGGACCCCAGCACAGUAACACCUAACUCCAUGCUAGUGACCUCGAGCUCUGUCUUAGCAAAUGUAAGCCUGUCCAGCAUCCCAGGAACCAUUCUGUGAUUCCAGUUCAACUUCUUGGCAAUCCUUUAAUGACGUGUAAAGACAAUGACAUGCGACUUUUUUUUCGGAGCAGCCUACAUCCACUUUCCCCAAAUCUCUCUCAACCCCCAUGCUGAAAUUUAUAUUAAAAAAUUUCCUUUUAAUAAACUCCAACUCUGCUUCACAGCAGCUCA